AUGGUUCUCGACACCUCUCGCUACAGUAAUAUUAGCUACUCCAAUUCGAAGGACUCCAAGAAUGACGGAUUCGAGGUGAAAGAUAUCAGCGCGACUGUCUCGCCCGAGACGAACGUGAUCACGGCGUCCUCCUCGGCAUCGAAUGAGGGUCCCGCAACACCACAGCCACAACUCGGAGUUGUUGCCUCAUUUCUGGACUCAUUCAAGAGGAAAGAGCACGAUGACAGCACGGCUGGGGACGAGAACGACCUGAAUAAAGCGAUCAGGUCGAGACACCUGAUCAUGAUCUCCUUGGGAACUGGGAUCGGUACGGGUCUUCUGGUUGGGACAGGCAGUGUCCUGUCGCAGUCUGGCCCACUCGGGUUGAUCAUCGGGUAUAUAGUAUCGUCGUUAAUGGUGUUCUUGAUCAUACAGGCUGCCGGUGAAUUGGGGAUCGUGUACUCCAACGUCGUCGGUAAUUUCACACGGUAUCCAACCAUCCUCGUCGAUCCAGCAUUUGGGUUCGCCAUUUCUUUCCUUUACACCAUACAGUGGAUGAUUGUGCUGCCCCUGCAGCUGGUAACCGCGGCAAUGACCAUCCAGUUCUGGAACGUCGGUGUCAACCUGGACGUGUUUGUGCUGGCGAGUUUUGUCGUCGUUGUGCUGAUCAACUUGGGUGGUGCCCGCGGGUACGUCGAGGCAGAAUUCUUUUGUAACCUGUGCAAGAUCGUUAUGCUUACCGGGUUUGUCAUACUCGGAAUCAUCAUAACAGCUGGCGGGAUACCGAAUGGACCGGACGGAUACAUUGGCGGGAAGUACUGGAGGAACCCUGGGCUGUUCGCGAACGGGUUCAAAGGUGUCUGUUCCGUGUUUUGUUACGCUGCCUUCAGUUACGGUGGUGUCGAGACGUUGGUUCUAUCCGCUGCAGAGCAAAAAAACCCACUCAAGUCAAUCCCAAGCGCCACGAAGAAAGUCAUGUACAGGAUCUUGUUCAUCUACCUGCUCUCGCUAAUCAUUGUCUGCUUCCUAGUCCCCUACACGAGCCCGGAUCUGAUGGGUUCCUCCGGCAGUGGGUCACACUCGUCGCCGUUCGUGAUUGCAAUUGCGUCUCACGGUGUGAGCGUCGUACCGCAUCUAAUAAACGCUGUCAUUCUAAUAUCUGUUCUCUCAGUGGCCAACUCCGCCCUUUACGUGGCCCCUCGUCUGUUACUGUCCCUUGCGCAGGGUGGUUCAGCGCCCAAAUUCUUGAACUACAUCGACAAGCGUGGUAGGCCGACCACUUGCACACUGGUGGUUGUACUAUUCGGCAUGAUAGGGUUUGUUGCCGCCAGCGACAAGCGGGAAGUCGUGUUUACUUGGUUGUUGAGUAUCUCAGGGCUGGGCCAGAUAUUCAUCUGGAUAUCCAUCUGCGUAUCGCACAUCCGUUUCAGGGACGCGAUGAGGGUACAAGGCCACCCACUUACGGAGAUCGCAUACAAGGCGCAAACGGGGUACUGGGGGUCCUACGUUGCGAUUGCUCUGGCGCUGUUUGUGCUGGUCUGCCAGUUCUGGGUCGCUAUUGCACCAGUCGGCGCACACGGCAAACUAGAUGCGACAAACUUCUUCCAGAACUACCUUGCCUUCCCAGUGGUGCUCUGCGCGUACCUUGGGUUCAAAGUAUACUACAAGCAAUGGCAAUUGCUAAUACCAGCGGACAAGAUCGAACUGGACAACAACAGAAACGUCUACGUGCCAGAAGAAGCCCUGGAGGACAAGCCCCUAGAGUAA